GUUAAAAAGUCCGACAUCUUUGCUGAAAAGUUCGAUAUAUAUACCCAUUCUGAUUCUUCGCUGUGUACUUGUAAGCCUAUCGAAAGGUUUUUGUCCGAGCCCGACUAAAAAGAAAAAAAAAAACCUAAUUGGAAAAUUUAAGCAUUUAUUCAUAGCAAUUAAAGCAAGAUAAUUUUUUAAAGCUAAUUUUUUGCGUGCGCCAGAGGAAGAACCAUUGUAAACCGCCGCCAUGAAUGAUGAAUACGAUGCCAUCGUCCUCGGUACUGGUCUAAAAGAAUGCAUUCUAAGUGGAAUGUUAUCGGUGUCUGGAAAAAAAGUACUCCACAUCGACCGCAAUAAGUAUUACGGUGGCGAAUCGGCAUCCAUUACUCCAUUGGAUGAACUUUACCAACGUUUCAACCAACCUGGCGAGCCAGGCUCUGAAUUUGGACGAGGACGUGAUUGGAAUGUAGAUCUUAUUCCGAAAUUCCUAAUGGCCAAUGGCCAGCUGGUAAAAUUACUUAUCCAUACGGGUGUGACUCGAUAUUUGGAGUUCAAGUCAAUUGAAGGAAGUUACGUUUACAAAGGAGGAAAAAUCUCAAAAGUACCCGUAGAUCAAAAGGAAGCCCUCGCUUCUGAUUUAAUGGGAAUGUUUGAAAAGCGUCGUUUUAGGAAUUUCCUGGUCUAUGUUCAGGACUUCAAAGAGGAUGACCCAAAAACAUGGAAAGAUUUUGAUCCAUCUAAAUCAAAUAUGCAAGCCCUUUAUGACAAAUUUGGUUUGGACAAAAACACUCAGGACUUUACCGGACAUGCUUUGGCGUUGUUCCGUGAUGAUGAAUACCUAAACGAACCAGCAGUGAACACCAUUCGUCGUAUUAAAUUGUAUUCCGACUCCUUGGCACGGUACGGUAAAUCUCCUUACUUGUACCCGAUGUACGGAUUAGGAGAAUUACCGCAAGGUUUUGCUCGUCUGUCGGCCAUUUAUGGAGGCACUUACAUGCUUGAUAAGCCAAUAGAUGAAAUCGUUCUUGGAGAAGGUGGUAAGGUGGUUGGCGUUCGCUCCGGCGAAGAAAUAGCCAGGUGCAAACAAGUUUAUUGUGAUCCUAGCUAUGUUCCAGAUAAGGUUCGCAGAACUGGACAAGUCAUUAGAUGCAUCUGUAUACUGGAUCAUCCAAUUCCAAACACCAAAGAUGCUCUAUCUACUCAAAUAAUCAUUCCGCAAAAACAAGUUGGUCGCAAGUCUGACAUUUAUGUUUCGUUAGUAAGUUACACACACCAGGUAGCUGCCAAAGGCUGGUUCCUGGGCAUGGUCUCAACAACUGUUGAAACCGAUAACCCAGAAGCCGAAAUCAAACCUGGUCUAGAUCUCUUUGAGCCAAUAACAAAGAAAUUCGUUACAAUUUCCGAUUAUUUGGAACCUAUUAAUGAUGGCACUGAUUCACAAGUGUUUAUUUCAACAUCCUAUGAUGCUACAACACAUUUUGAGACCACAUGCUUAGACGUUUUGGAUAUUUUCAAGCGCGGUACUGGUGAAGAAUUCGACUUCUCUAAAAUUAAGCACGAAUUGGGUGACGAGGAGCAGUAAACAACAGCUAAUUUAAUCAAAACGUACUCUUUAAUAAAAAAAAGAAAAAAUUAAAAAAAAAUAAAACAACUCAGCAAAAAUAUAGAUGAUAUAAUUACAUUUUAAAGAAAAGCAGCACAACCAGCAAAAACAAAUCUAAUUGAAGUAAAGCAUUUUUAGCGUCGCUUAUUAUUGUUUCCCAGCUAUACUCAAUUUUGUAUUUAUCUUUAUAUUCACCUAAAUAAAUUGCAAACACAACUGAAGAUUUUUUCCAAAAACAAUAUAUUUUAUUUAUUUUCCCGGAAAUGAGUGUUUUUAUAGAAAUACGCAUUUAUAUGAUAAAUCUUUAUACGAAAACAAUUUGUUCUCGAAUUAAAUAAAUAAAUAUAUAUGUAUAUGUAUUAUGUAUGUAUGAUAUUACAAAAAUAUUGUCAAUUCGUCAAAAAGCUUAAAUCCUAUUUUUCUUUUUUUUUUACAAAUCAAAUUUUAUAAACAAUUUCCUCCCAAAAUUUAGUUUUUUUUAAAUACAGAAUACACAAUGUGCUCAUUAUAUAAUAUAUCUUAUGUUUUGGGUAUUUUAUUGGUUGAAAAAUAAAUAAAAUAAUAAAAAGAAUAUAUAAUGUUUAAGUACACAUCUACCUAAUCGUACUGCAAUUUUGUAUUUGAUUCGUUUAAAAAUUGUGCGAAGCACUUUUCUUGUUUCAAACAGCUUAAAAUAUUCGUCAAUAAAAUUAAUAUUUCAUUUGAUAAAAGAA